CCGCAGGGGGGACUCCAUCAUGCUGCUGGAGGAGGGCUUCCAGGUGACGAGCGCCGACGCGAGCGACAAGAUGCUCAAGUACGCGCUGAAGGAGCGCUGGGAGCGGCGCAAGGAGGAGCCCUUCGACCGAUGGGUCAUCGAGGAGGCCAACUGGCUCACCCUGGAGCGGGACCUGGAGAAGCCGGGGGACGGCUUCGACGCUGUCAUCUGCCUGGGAAACUCCUUUGCCCACCUGCCCGACUUCAAAGGGGACCAGAGCGAUCACAAGCUGGCCCUGAGGAACAUUGCCAGCAUGGUGCGGCCCGGCGGGGUCCUGGUCAUUGACCACCGCAACUACGACCACAUCCUGGCCACGGGCUGUGCCCCACCAGGCAAGAACAUCUACUACAAGAGUGACUUGACCAAGGACAUCACCACGUCGGUGCUGCUGGUGAACAAUAAGGCUCACAUGGUGACCCUGGACUACACUGUGCAGGUCCCGGCCGAGGAGGCCGGGGCAUCCCCAGAGCUGAGCAAGUUUCGGCUCUCCUACUACCCCCACCAGCUGGAGGCCUUCACAGCCCUGCUGAAAGGUGCCUUCCAAGGGAAGUGCCAGCACAGCGUCCUGGGUGACUUCCAGCCCUACACGCCGGGGCAGGCCCACAUCCCCUGCUACUUCAUCCAUGUCGUGAAGAAGACGGCCUGAAGCUGGGCUGCUGCAGCAACGGCCACAGAGACCUCAGCGUG